UCCUGUCACUGCCUCCUCCUCGCAUGCGCUUCCACUGCCACCCCCGCACGCCCACUCCUUCCCUCAACCCCCACUGCCACCACCGCCGCAGCCCGCCCCCUCCCCUACGGCCGCUUGCCUCCGUGCGGCUCACACACCGCCGCAUCCGUACCUGUCAUCCGUCCUCGUCACCGCCGUGCCCGAGUGCUACCCCAAUGUCGCGGCUAGGUACCCUCACCAUGGAACUUUGCGAGGGGCACCGGCGAUCUGGACCCGUUCACCCAUGAGGACACCCUCGCGAUGGUAGAGAGGAACUGCAGAUAGGGCCCAUGGCCGUCGCCGAUGAGCCCUGGGCGUGUCUCCGACGAGUCCAGAGCGACGUCCUCCAUCCCCGCCGCCGUCCUCACCGCGUCCGCUGCCUCCAUCCUCGCUGCCAUCUCGGAUCGGCGCCCCCAUCCUCGCAGAUCACCACACCGCCGUCGUCUCUGCCGAGUCCAGAGUGGCACACAGCGCUCCGCUCGCGAGAAGGACUGGACACCCCUCCCAGAGCACGAGACCAAGCCAUUAGGACAUCGACGAUGCUCAUCCUCACGACAUCCGAGGAUCACAAGUGAGAUCUGCAUCAUCUCCUCUAUCCGUUUUGCCUAUUUGCUACAAAAUCCAUCGCAAGUUGAUUACUUUUACAAUUCUGAACAUUCAUCCUUGUCUUGUGCAUGCCAUUUGUUUGGUGAAAUGCACCAGAGAAAUGGGAAAUGAUAGAGGCCAAUUGAGAUUAGAUUGAUUGGAGUAGAAGAAAAGAGAUAUAUAUGCAAGAGUAUUUUGAGGCAACAAGUAACCCAAGUCUGAUUCAAAGCUACACUCUGAAGUAUCCCUUCCGUUCAGAUUUCAAUGACCAUUCGUAAUUAUUUCAUAGAUCCUCUAAAUUCAAAGCCGAGAGAAAUUCUACGAUGUUUAGGGAGGCGUUGUGAGGCGUUUAAUGUGUCUAUAAUUCAUAGGCCCAAUAUGAGGGAAGGCAUUGAGAGACGUCAAUGAAAAGGCGUUGGAAGGCAUUUAAUGUGUUAAUAGUCGGUGGGUCCAUAUGUGCCGUAACGCCUUCCAAUACUUCUCAAUGCCUCCAAAGUUAAGAGGAUUAAAAAUUCAUAAAAUUACACUAGACCUGAAAGUUUCAGACUCCAUUCCUUAGACAGCGAAACCAGCAUAUAAAAUUCGAUUUCAAGCAUCAUAAGGACAACAACCUUCAAAAUCCGAGGAGGGGUGCGUGUGGGAUGGGAGUUUGCGGCCAGACCGAGCCGCCGCUGCCUCCACCCAUCCGCGUCGGCCACGAACUGCGGCCCCUACAUACACUGCAUAAAGAUUAACAAUUACACCGGAAGAAAUUAAGGAGCACAAGGGCACAACUACUUGUUUCAACGAAUGGAAUUGCCUAAGCAUGUUUGCUUCAAGGGCGACAAUGGGUUGUACCUCAGCGCACGGGUCAUUCAGGGCUACAACUACCUGCAGUUCUCAUCCAGCGACAUGGGCGAUCCAACCGUGAGGCACACCAUCCACACCAACAGAGACGACGGGACGAUCCGCAUGAAGUCCGACCACUUCGGCAAGUUCUGGAGGCGCAGCCCGAACUGGAUCUGGGCGGACUCCGACGACACCACCGACGACAACCUCGACACCGUAUUCCGAGCAGUCAAGUUCGGCGACGAGUUUGCGCUCCAGCCUCGGCAACGGCUGGUACUGCACGAGGCUGACCACCGAAGGCAAGAAGAGCUGCCUCAACGCCUCUGUCCCAAGCAUCAACAAGUGGGCACACCUACAGCUGGAAGAGGCAUGGCAGUUCUUUCUCGCAGGAUCUACAACGUCGUGAACCGCGUCAUGGACGCUAGAAUCCAUGGCCAGAAGGUCCAGACUGUGGCCACUGAAACUGCUGUCAACCGGACGGGUACAGCCAGCGCGGCGAAGCUGACUUUGAAGUACAGCGUGACCAGGCGAAGGACAUGGGAUUCAAGCGUCUCGCUGAAGCUGGGCGUCGCAACUACCAUUCAGGCCGGAGUCCCGGAAGUUGCGAUGUCAUCGGUUAAGAUCCAAGAAGAGUUUUCUGAAUCCUACACCUGGGGACAAUCCGUCUCCCAAAUGGACGAGAAGUCGGUUCAGUAUGAUCUUCCUGUGCCUGCGUACACCAAGGUGACACUACGCAUGAUGGGAAAGCAGGGCUCCUGCGAUGUCCCUUUCUCGUACUACCAGGAGGACAUUUUAACCGACGGGCAUAGAGUUGUAAACAAGUUUGACGACGGGAUCUACCAUGGAGUCAGCAGCUACGACUUCACUACCGAGGUCACAGAGGAUAGCAGAUAG